CCAGCUCGGGUUCCACACACCUUCUACAACAGCUACUGGCAGCCAUGGCCCACCAGCACCAUCACAGCCUUGUCCUCCUGCUACUCGCCGUGUCUCUCGCCGGCGCCGGCGCGGCCACGCCGCGGCAGCUGUUCCUGGUAACCCAGCCGCCAGUGACGCUCACCAACCACCACGGCCAGCUGCUGACCGGCAACUACUCCGUCAACCUGCUCUGGUACGGCCGCUUCACCCCGGCGCAGCGCGCCACCGUGGCUGACUUCGUCCUCUCCCUCUCUUCUUCCCCGGCGCCGCGGUCCGUGGCCUCCUGGUGGGCCACCACGGCCCGGUACCACCCCGGCGCGGCCCGGCUCGCCCUGGGCCGCCAGGUGCUCGACCCGUCCCUCUCCCUCGGGAAGCGGCUCUCGGAGUCCCACCUCGCCUCCCUCGCCGCCCGCCUCUCCCCGCACCGCGGCUCCAUCGCCGUCGUCAUCACCGCCCCGGAUAUCCUCGUCGACGGCUUCUGCCUCUCCCACUGCGGCCUCCACUCUUCCGCCUCCUCUUCGUCCCCAGCGCGCGGCCACCAGAUCGGCGGCGGAGCCCGUGGGCGGGGGAGGUUCGCGUACGUGUGGGUGGGGGACGCGGCGGAGCAGUGCGCGGGGCAGUGCGCGUGGCCGUUCCACGAGCCUUUGUACGGGCCGCGGGGGGCGGCGCCGCUGGUGGCGCCGAAUGCCGAUGUCGGCAUGGACGGGGUGGUGAUCAACCUGGCGACGCUGCUGGCGGGCGCCGUGACGAACCCGUACGGCGGCGGGUACUUCCAGGGCCCCGCCGAGGCGCCGCUGGAGGCCGUGACGGCGUGCACGGGGGUGUUCGGCGCAGGGGCGUACCCGGGGUACCCGGGCCAGCUGGCCGUGGACGCGACGACGGGGGCCAGCUACAACGCCGUCGGGGUCGCCGGCCGCCGGUUCCUGCUGCCCGCCAUGUGGGACCCCGAGACCUCGCAGUGCUCCACGCUAGUGUAGAGAAGAAGAACGCCCGGAUCGGAACGGUGAGGACGAUCGAGGUGGAGGACCUAAUAAUCGAUCCAAGGAUCGUGGAUGGAUGGGCAGAAUAGCUGGGGCUUUGUGUAAGGAAAGGUUGGGAGAUGGGAGCCUGGGAAGGGGUGUAGUGUGUUCGUGCUGUUCUUGUUCUCUGUUCUGUGAAUAUUUUCUUGUUGUCAGAAGAAGCAUGAUGUAGUGGUCUUCUGAUCUGUGAUAAAAUUAGGCUUAAUUAUUGUUGUGUUCUGUAUAUGGCAUUGUUCCUCGCAAUCUUUGUUGUGGCCGUGGCA